AUGGAUAAAUGUAUUUUAGCUAAUAAUUAUAAUAAUACACUAUUAAGCUUACGCUCAUACGCUACUGGUGCAGAACCAUACGAUUUAGUCGUUAUUGGUGGUGGUCCAGGUGGUUACGUAGCUGCAAUCAGAGCAGCUCAAGAAGGUCUUCGUACAGCUUGCAUUGAAGGCCGUGGCUCACUCGGUGGUACUUGCUUAAACGUUGGUUGUAUCCCUUCAAAAGCACUCCUUAACAACUCCCACCACUAUGAAGCAGCCCAACAUGAUAUGGCACACCGUGGUAUUGACAUCGGAAACGUCUCACUCAAUUUGGACACUAUGAUGAAAGCUAAGAACACCUCCGUUACCGGUUUAACCAAGGGUAUCGAAGGUCUCUUCAAGAAGAACAAAGUUGACUACAUCAAGGGUACAGGAAGCUUCGCUACUCCAAACAAGAUCGAUGUUGCACUCCUCGAAGGAGGCAACAGCCAAGUUGAAGCAAAGAACGUCAUCAUUGCAACUGGUUCUGAAGUUUCACCUUUCCCAGGUCCUGGUUUAGAAAUUGACGAAAAACAAGUCAUUUCCUCAACUGGCGCUUUAUCACUUCCAAAAGUACCAAAGAAAAUGGUUGUCAUUGGUGGUGGUAUCAUCGGUUUAGAAUUGGGUUCAGUCUGGAGAAGACUCGGUGCUGAAGUCACCGUUGUUGAAUUCAUGGGCUCAGUUGGUGCUGGUAUGGACGGUGAAAUUGCCAAGAACUUCCAAAAGAUCCUCGCUAAGCAAGGUGUUCAAUUCAAGGUCAACACCAAGGUUGUCUCAGCUGAGAAGAACGCUGAUGGCGUCAAAUUGAACGUUGAAGGUGUCAAGGAUGGCAAAGCCGAAACAAUUGACGCUGAAGUUGUCCUCCUCUCAAUUGGUCGUAGACCAGUUACAUCUAAGCUCGGCUUGGAAAACAUUGGUGUCGAGCUCGACAACAAGGGUAGAAUUCCAGUUGACGAUCACUACAACACAUCAGCUCCAGGUGUAAAGUGUAUCGGUGACGUUACAUUCGGUCCUAUGCUUGCUCACAAGGCAGAAGAAGAAGGUAUCGCUGCAGUUGAAUUGAUCAAGCACGGUCACGGUCACGUAAACUACGACGUCAUCCCAUCUGUCAUCUACACUUACCCAGAAGUCGCUUGGGUUGGUCGUAAUGAAGAGCAAUUGAAGGAAGCAGGUGUUAAAUACAAGGUCGGAAAAUUCCCAUUCCUUGCUAACUCACGUGCAAAGACAAACAUGGAUACCGAAGGUACUGUCAAGUUCCUCAUUGAAGCUGACACCUACGAAAUUCUCGGUGUUCAUAUCAUCGGUCCAAACGCUGGUGAAAUGAUUGCUUCAGCUGCUCUCGCUAUGGAAUACAAGGCAUCAGCAGAGGAUGUUGCUCGUACUUGCCACGCUCACCCAACACUCUCUGAAGCAUUCAAGGAAGCCGCUCUCGCUUCAUACUCCAAAGCCAUUCACUUCUAA